AAAGUCAGUUGAAACUACACUAGUAGAGAAGAGAGACUCAGCGAGCGCUUCAGCCAGGCUGCAAGAGACCAGUUGUGCAAGUAACAGCUAUUGUCACAGCAGCAGCAGUAACUAACUAGUGUCGGCCUCUGAGUCCGUGACUGCCCGGCCAUAGCAGUAGUCGUCCUAUCCGGUAUUCCAGGGAAUAUUAUUCUCGCACCGGUAUAUUAGCACUACAUACAGCAGCUAGGGGAAAGAGUUGUACAUUCUUCAACGGAAAACUGCACGAUAUUUGAGCAUCGUCUCGAGUCCUGCUGGCCCCGGCCUGAGUCGGGCUGACUGUCGACAUUGGCGUCACAAGUAGAGGAACUGAAGUCUAGUAGAUGCUGGAUUGCUGGAUUGUGCUGAUGUCUACAUGAUGUAGAUGUGAAUGUUCAACCAGACAUAGCAGCUGUAGACGAUAGUGAUUCUGUCGUUGCCUGUGUGACCACGGUGAAAUGAUUGCAGUAGCUGCUAGCAGGUAAACUCGCUCAGCCGAUUGUGACAUCGCCAAUGCACCUGAGUAUUUUAGGAACGCUCAGAGUCCUGUGACUUCCUUCCCAUCUAUACGCACCACUGGUCUGGAAUUUACACACCUAUUCGGAGUAUUCGGAGUAUUUGGAGUCUGGACGUUCAGCACCGUGACCGUGCCCCCCAUGACGGCUGCUCAGUAGAGCAGGCUUGUAUACGGCUUUCCUACGUCAUUACAUGUGGAUCUACUCCAUUGCUACAUUUAUUCUUAGGUGUGGGACCUCUGCCUGCAAUGGAGGACGCCAUUCUGGAUACAACAGCGGAUGAUGUCAUACCUAUCGCCUCAGCACCUGAUGACAUCACCAUGCAUACAGAUAUGACUAAUGAUGAUAUCGCCGCACGUACAGAUAUGACCAAUGAUGACUUCACGCCAAGUGACCACAAGCCACCGCAAGAGCAGCAGCAGGUGAAACGGCGAAGAGAUCGGCAGCAGCAGGAUGAUGAUGGCCGACCUCGCAAGUCUUUCCGUUACUGUGGACUGUAUCAUAACUGUAUGGUGGUCGGUGGGAAGAGACGCCGCUGUGAAGAACCGACGGAUGUGGUGGAUGUUGACAACACAGACCACAGUGCUAAGAGAUCCAAGCCACAAUAUCAGCAGCAGACACCGCCGGGACAGCAGCAACAAGAGACACCGCCGGGACAGCAACAACAAAGUCUAUUUCCACCACCGUAUGCUCAAGGUGAGCUAUGGUUAUUGAAGAAAAAAACAGACUUUCGUUUGCCAUACGACAUCUGGUGGCAGCACGGAAAUGGAAAAUUGAAACCCAAGCCGGUAAUUGCAUCAAAGUUCAAGAAAAUACGUACAAAUGAUUACUCAUCAUUGGAGUCAGCUCCUAGUCAGAGCAAAGACCAUCCUGUGUGCAGUUGUCAGUUACCAACUGAUAUAUCGCAACCUGGGUGUGGAGAUGACUGUUUGAACAGGUUGGUAUUCACAGAGUGUCUACCAGGGCAGUGUGCGUGUGGAGAGCGGUGCAGUAACCAGCGGUUUCAGAAGAGACAGUGGACUCCACACAUUCAGAGAUUUCUCACGGAUCAUUGUGGAUUUGGCAUCCGCAGCACUGCUCCCAUCGCUAAAGAUGAAUUUGUGAUUGAGUAUGUUGGUGAAGUCAUCACAGAACCAAUGCUUCGAGACCGACAGGAGACAUUGUACUCAAGUAGUUGCAAUCACUAUUGUUUGUCGUUACACUCUGGAUUGGUCAUUGACAGCACCGCCUGUGGCAGUGAAGCAAGAUUUGUGAAUCACAGCUGUCAACCAAACUGUGAAAUGCAGUGCUGGACUGUGGCUGGACAGUAUCGUAUGGGAUUGUUCACUUUGCAAGAUAUCCCCAGUGGUGGGGAACUGACGUAUGAUUAUCGUUUUGACUCUCUGGACAAUGAGGCACAGACGUGUCGUUGUGGAGCUGAUAGUUGUCGAGGUUUCUUGUGUCCACCUCGCAAAGCCCAGGCCUUACACACUCUAAUGGAGGAGGAGUGUGAGAGGAAGAAGAGGAGACGGAAAAAGGGCGUUUCAUCCUCAUCAGGUUUAACAUGUGACCUUCCUCAUCCCGUGCCCAUAUUUGGCAAGUCUGAGCCGCUGCGAAUCCUGAACAAAAGAGAAGAAGUGUUGUGUGUGCGACAGCGUAUCUUUCUUGUUCGAAACGCUAUGCGCAGUCCUCUUUGGAAGAAAUUGGUUUCAGACUUGUCCAAGACGCCUGGAACAGCGACAGCGGCUAGUUCAGUAUCAACCAGCGCCACUGACAAUGCUCAAUCAUCUAUUGCUCAAGAGAGCACAAGAAAAGGAGUUUUCCGGAAGUGCUUGGUGUCUCUCCUGAACGGACGCUUCACAAACUCAAGAUGGUCUAGCGCUCAAGGUGAUAACCCGUUAUCGUUUCUACGGCAACUGCAUUUGGCAAGGCUACUCCACGGCACGCUGAAGAACUUGACAUUGUUUGCAGAGAGAUCAGACAAUGAUGGAUGUUGUGAUGUACUGCGACCACCGUCAAGGCGUAAACACCCACAGUACUAUACAGGGUUGAUUGCUGCAGCAGCUAAUGAUGCAGCUACUGGUGCUGCUGCAGCUAAUGAUGCAGCUACUGGUGCUGCUGCAGCUAAUGAUGCAGCUACUGGUGCUGCUGCAGCUAAUGAUGCAGCUACUAGUGCUGCUGCAGCUAAUGAUGCAGCUACUGGUGCUGCUGCAGCUAAUGAUGCAGCUACUGGUGCUGCAGCAGCUAAUGAUGCAGCUACUGGUGCUGCUGCAGCUAAUGAUGCAGCUACUAGUGCUGCUGCAGCUAAUGAUGCAGCUACUGGUGCUGCUGCAGCUAAUGAUGCAGCUACUGGUGCUGCUGCUGCUGCGGGUGCUGGUGCUGCUGCGGGUGCUGGUGCUGCUGCUGGUGCUGGUGGUGGUGCUGCUGGUGCUGGUGGUGGUGCUGCUGGUGCUGGUGCUGGUGCUGCUGGUGCUGGUGCUGGUGCUGGUGCUGCUGGUGCUGGUGGUGGUGCUGCUGCUGCUGUUGGUGUUGCUGGUGGUGCUGCUGGUGGUGUUACCAGUAUUCAGGAUAUCCAACACUGUGUACAUACCGGGCACUACAAGACACUGGAGGAGUUUGAUACGGAUACACAACGUGUACUGGAGAACAUUGUUACAUUCUAUGCCAACAGUGCGUUGCCGUGGCAACAUGAGGCAGCACUGGCAGUUCGUGAUCACUACAAAUAUCUGUUGCAUGGUCUAUCAGAAGAUGUUGAGGAAAUAUUCACGCCAUCGUGGAAUGUGGACAACUUGAGCAAGGCGAGGAGUUCAUUACAUUCACCAGCGCCACCGACAGCAUCAGCUGCAGCAACGACAUCAUCAGCUGCAGCAACGACAUCAUCAGCUGCAGCAACGACAUCAUCAGCUGCAGCAACGACAUCAUCAGCUGCAGCAACGACAUCAUCAGCUGCAGCAACGACAUCAUCAGCUGCAGCAACGACAUCAUCAGCUGCAGCAACGACAUCAUCAGCUGCAAAAAUGACUGCGGCAAUGGCGGAGACCACAGCACCAGCACCAGCUGCAGCAGCAAUGACAGCGACGACGAUGGCGGUAACGACAGCAGCAGCAACAGCAGCAACAGCAGCAGCAGCAGCAGCAACGUGUGCAGGGAAGUGGCCAUCAUCAUCACCAUCAUCAUCAUCAGGAUCAGAUACACAGCUUACCACCAGCUCACCAGCAACCAUUGAAAGUGCUCACAUGUUGACUAGAGAACCCCCGCCAGUCAUCAACGUGUCCGCACGCAAUGUAGCGAUAAAGACACCUGGCAAUGAAAUCACCAACAUACCCGCAACGAGCAACGCAAUCUCUUCCUCUACCGGAUCUCUGCUCAAGUUUUCUGGACUAUCAUCGGUGCAUACAUUUUCACACACACCUCCCCAUCAUGAUGUUAGUGAGGACAACCAGCUUCAUACCACUCAGAGUGGCAACGGUGACAUAUGCACUACAAUAGCUGCUGCCGCCGCCGCUGCUGCUACCGCUGGCAUGGUUACCAACUACCAUGCCAUGGAUAGCUGUUGCCUAGCAACCAGACAUGCAAGCAGGAGCAGGUGUCAUGUUACCGAGGAAGCCACAUCAGCCAAUCACAGCAGUGCUAGUCAUUCGAAUAGUCACAUGACAUCGAAUUCCAGCUGUGUAGAUGACCCCGUGCCAUAUAUAGACCCAGAUCUACCGACACCACCCAGUAUGUCUCCACGUAGAGAAGCUGAUGUUGCCAUGGUUACUGCUAACACUAUGGGUACACAGAGUGCUGUAAAUACAUCAAAUGGCUCAGCAACUUGUGCUGCUGCUGCUGCUGCUGCUGGUGGUGGUGGUGUUGUUAGUGGUGUUCGCAAAGCUACCGAUGGUGGUGGUGAUGAUGGAGCUGCAGCUGAUACUAAUGCUCUUCUUCCCCAGGCUAGAACAGUAGCCACUUUUGCUGGUGAUUCCGCAGUAGCCGCUAUUUACGGUGAUUCCACAGCAGCAGAUGAGGAGGAGGUUGAUGAGAUCAUAAACUGUGUCUGUGGAAUUCAACAAGAAGAUGGUUUGAUGGUGCUGUGUGAGCAAUGCCAGCAUUGGCAACAUUGUGUCUGUGUACAAUGGCAAGAUGACGACCACAGUACCUAUCUCUGUCCCACAUGUUCUCCAAGACCCGUUGCCAAGAAUAUCAAAUUGGAUGUCCAGCCGCCUGGGUGUGAGGACGCUGGAUUGACCUACUACCGUUGCAUCCACGAACAGAACAACUUCCUCCAUCUCGGUUCGACGGUGUAUGUGAGUCGUCAGCCAAUCACAGCUCAGCAUAGGCGGCGACGGCGAAACCCAAGUCGUGAUGAGCUGAACCGGUGUGAUUUGUUUCAGGUUUGUCGAAUCUGGCGGAACAGUGCAGAAAGCGAUGCCGUGUUUCUCUUCGGUUUCUACUACUUUCGUCCUACGGAAACGUACCCCCUCCCAUCUCAUCGCUUCUAUGCCAACGAACUGAUCUUGUCAACCCAUUGCACUGCGAUACCUCUCAAGGAUAUUCUGAAAACAGCAGUUGUGCUUUCAACACACACUCAUUGUCAAGGUACGCCCGUGGCAGUAUCAUGCGAUGAUGUGUACAUAUGUGAUUACCGUUGUGAUCGGAAAAAGAGAAAGUUCACGGCAGUACACAAAUCACCUCAUUACAAGUAUCACUUCCACCCAACUCCGCUCAACUUCAAGUACAAUGAUAAACCAUUGUCUCUCAGCAGAACUUUCCUGCUCAAUGAGUCUGGUGACCUGGUUGCCGCUUCAUUGCCCGUUGCAACACCGCCAUCAUUGCCCGCUGCAACGCCAGUCCGAAGAACCAGGACAUUAUCUAAGAGACGAACAGCCAAGGACUCGGCAAACCGGCUAUCAGGAGAUGAGGACAGAGGUUCGCACGGUAUCAUCACCAGUACACAAGAACGUGUCCACAUCGUCCCUAGCAGUGAUUGUUCUCACUAUGCUGAUUGCCUGACAGGUGAUGAUUCCUGGGACCAGCAGCAACAGCAGCAGCAGCAGCAACAGCAUCAGCAGCAGCAGCAACAGCAUCAGCAGCAGCAGCAACAGCAACAGCAGCAGGACCAGCAGCAGCAGUCAAAGAAGGAAGAGAGUAAAACAAAUACCGUGCGUAUUGAUCCUAAGGAAGCAGAUGGGGGCAAACGCAAGCGCUUACAUGGUGUGACGGAGGCAUUGGCACAAUCCAAUGGACUUGAAUUGGACGAUGAUGUCUGCACAAGUUGGAUGAGACCGUUUGGCUUAGGUCCAUACUCACAGCGCCGUAAACGCAUCCUCAAAGCCCAAAGUCUAGCUCAGGACUUCAUUCUCCUGUAGUAUGUGGUCGCUGCCUACACAUGAUGUGAAAGCUAUGUUUUAUCUACUGUUGCCAGUGUUGCCAUGGAGAUACUAUGGUAGUCAUGACACAAAUCUAUAGUUUGUGUGUAGGUAUAUUGUAAAAUUUAGAAAUGUUUUCCUGUGUCCCGAGUGCCUUGUACGCAGUGGCGGUGCGUUCUUGCAGAGAGACAAACAGUAAGGUAGAACAGAGACUUGUAUGACGUUAUUCAUAGUUGCACAGAAAUUGCGUUUCUCAGAGAACACAUUGACGUUUAUUUUCACCGUUGGUGACUAUGUUAGUAAAGAAUCUAUUUCACAUUGUGUGUAUCGUA